CAGCAGCACCUUGAGGCUUCCAAUGUCCCUCUCUCUUUGUUUCUCUGCUUGUCUUUCACUUACCAUGGAUCUACGUUCAGCUAGAAAAGGAUUUAUCACGGUAAAACUGACUGACACCUGCUGUCUUCAAAGUGGAUUUUAAAGACAAAGUGGACUCCUUCAGUAUGCUGAGCCAUCCUUCCUGUCACACACACCUUUUGGUUUCCCUUCUGUUGUUGACGUUUCCUUGGGACCGGGCGGUCUGUUCUCCUGGGGAAGGCAAGAGUAUCUGGCAGCAACCUAAACCGAGCCCCAUUAGCAAAGACCAGUCUUUUCUUCAGGACACCUUCCCCCCGGGCUUCAUCUGGGGUUCAGGUACAUCGGCCUUCCAAAAUGAAGGCGCCUGGAAUCAGGAUGGGAAAGGCGUCUCAAUUUGGGACCAUUUCACCCACUCCUCUACCAGUGAUGAUUUUCCAAGAGAGACUGCAGAUGUGACAAGUGACAGCUACAACUGCUGGGAAGAAGAUGUCGAGGCACUGGGAUAUCUCGGCGUAACAUCAUACACUUUCUCCCUCUCCUGGCCCAGACUUUUCCCUGAAGGCAAUGCCACUGGUGAGCCCAAUGCAGCUGCUGUGGAUCACUACAGUUGCCUCAUAGAGAGGCUCCUGGAAAAGAAAAUUGAGCCUAUUGUGACUCUCUACCAUUGGGACUUACCACAGGUGUUCCAGGAUCAAUAUGGAGGCUGGAAAAAUAACACGUUAGUGGAGCAUUUUGAGCAGUAUGCAGCGUUUUGUUUCAGUACUUUUGGGAGCCGUGUGAAAUACUGGCUCACAAUGCACAACCCAUACCUGGUGGCGGUGCAAGGAUAUGGGACAGGCGUGCACGCUCCUGGAGAAAAAGGGGGGUCUCCAGCUCUCACUGUAGCCCAUAACCUGAUCAGGGCGCACGCCAAAGCAUGGCAGACAUACGACACUCACUUCCGCCCAACUCAGAGGGGUAAAGUAUCCAUUGUUUUAGGUUCCCACUGGGUUGAACCCCACAGAGGCCAGCCCACAGCUGCCAACGUUGCUCUCUGUCAGCAGUCCAUGGAGGCCAUUCUUGGUUGGUUUGCUGAUCCCAUCUUUGGUGCCGGGGACUAUCCAGUCUCUCUCAAAAUAAAAUAUGCCGGUCUCAUGCCCAUGUUCACCCCUGAAGAGAAGCUCUGGGUGCAGAAAACAGCUGACUUUUUUGCUUUGUCGUUUGGGCCAAACAAUUUCCGUCUUGGCCAGAACCUGUUACACAAUGGGCAGAGCAUCACCCCAGACCUACGACGCCUCCUGGGCUGGAUAAAACUAGAAUACGGGAACCUGAGGGUACUGGUGGCAGAAGGGGGGUGGUUCUCUGAUGCCAGCGUUGGAAGGGAAGACACAGUUGCCAUAUAUCUGAUGAAAAGUUUUAUCAACCAAGUCCUACAGGCCAUCAAGUUUGAUGGUGUGCAGGUAUUUGGCUACUCAGCCUGGUCAUUGUUGGAUGGAUUUGAGUGGAAUUAUGGCUAUAGUGUAAGAAGAGGUCUUUUCUACAUUGACUUCAAUCAACCAAACAGAACCAGGGUUCCCAAGACCACCGCUCAAUACUUCAAGCAAAUUGUCAAUGACAAUGGUUUUCCAGCUGAUGAAAACUUAUCAACAGAUGUUAAAGGCCAUUUUCCUUGUAAAUUUCAUUGGGGGAUAGCAGACUCCACACUGCAGGUCCGGUUCCACCCUUUCUCCCCACAGUUUUCUGACCCUCACGUAUACAGCUGGAACCUCACAGGGGACGGAUCGCUGCAGCGACUCCCAGGGGUGAAGCUUAACACCAGAACUGCCCAGUGCACAGAUUAUCUGGCUAUCCGCAACCAUCUCCGCUUGUUUGCAUCCACUGGGGCAUCUCAUUACCGCUUCGCUCUUAAUUGGUCUCUCAUUUUACCCGAGGGAAGCCGCUCAAAUGUAAACACCGAAGCCCUGAGGUACUACCGCUGUGUGCUGACAGAGAUCAAGAAGCUAAACCUGGAAGCUAUGGUCAUCCUGUACCACCCAACACACAGAGCUCCGAACUUGGGUUUGCCAGGGCCACUGCAUGCGUCUGGCGGUUGGCUGAAUUACACGACAGUAGGAGCUUUUCAAGAAUAUGUAGCACUUUGUUACCAGGAGCUGGGUACCUGGGUUCACUACUGGAUCACCAUCAAUGAGCCAAACAGACUCAUAGAUGUUUAUUCCAAUGUCACAGAGAGGCAUCAAGCUGCUCAUAAUUUGCUGAUAGCCCAUGCCAAAGCCUGGAGGUUACAUGAGAGGGAGUAUUUUGGUGAACAGAGAUCACUGGUGUCUCUCGCUCUACAUGCUGAUUGGGCCAGCCCCGGUAACCCUUUUCUAGAGUCACAUACAGUGGCAACGGAAAGAUUUCUGCUGUUUGAACUUGGAUUCUUCUUGGACCCAUUGCUUGAAGCAAAAGAUGAGAAGAAAAAGGGGAAAUACCCCUAUGAAAUGAGGGAAUACCUGGAUGAAAGAACAAGGGUGUUUGGACUUCCCAAAUCACCUCUUCUUCAUUUUACCACAGCUGAGAGACAGGAGCUGAAUGGGGCAUUGAGUUUUAUUGCCUUGAAUCAUUUUACAACACGUUUAGUUUCUCCAAAUCCUCACAAGCAGGACAUCCUCCAAAAGAAACCAGCACCUGAGCAUGAUUGUGUGACUUUCUCGGACCCUACCUGGCCGUCCUCCAGCUUGGGGCAAGCUCUGGUACCCUGGGGUUUACGGAAGAUGCUGAAAUGGGUGAAUCAGAGGUAUGGCAGAACUCUGCCUAUCAUUGUCACAGCCAGUGGGAUUGAUGACCAAGCUUCAGUUGAGGAUAACCUCAGGCAGCAUUACCUCAGGAGUUAUAUACAGGAAGCUCUCAAAGCUUAUCAUCUUGAUGGAGUCAACUUGCAUGGUUUCUAUGUGUGGAAGCUCCAAGAUCGACAUGCCCCUCUGUUUGGUCUUUUUACCUCAACCCAGCACCAAUCCAAAGCCAAGGCCUCUGUCGCAUUGUACAGAGAAAUCAUCGCUAAUGGUGGUUCUUCUAACAAUAGCACAGCACAACUGUGUAGAUCCCCUGAGCAGCAGGAAAAAUGUUUGACUUGUGAGUGGAUGUUGAAGAACAAGCCAAUGCUGGUUUUUGGGGGCUGCCUUCUGAUAACGUCUGCCAUGCUGGCUGCACUCAUCAUCUUCAUUGUUAUUAGCAAGAGGAAUAAAAAACAAGGCAGAGGGAGGAAGAAGAGGAGAGAGAACGGAAGGAGAAGAAAUAAAGCAUCAGCAUAUUGUUUUUGUCCUGAUGUUAGAUAUUAACUGUAGUAAGGACCUGAAUUUGUACUAGAAAAAAUGCAGAGAAGAACCACAAAAUCUACCUGUGUGUUCAUCUUGCAGUGACAAAUGAGUUCACUUGCAAUGUAUGUCACAAAACAUGUCAAAACAAUUAGUUUUAGACAGUCAUGGCAAAAGGAAAAUAUACAUUGUUUUAACUUUUUUAUAUUUUGUCACUUUGCAGACAUAGACUUGAAUGUACUGUGUUUUUGUUCUACUUGAUAGACAAAUGCAUAGUGGUGUCAUAGAAGGAGGACAAUUAUUAUUAUUUUUUCUUAAAGCAGAAACCUUGAGUUGCACAUUGAUAUGUUUUUAUCCUGACCAUCUCGUUGUCACUUUGAGUUGUGAUCUUUCUGCAAACAGAACCCUUACGUCGACUUUUCACAGGAUCGCCCCAAAUUUAGCUUAAUUCAUCUUCCUACUAAAUCUCGCCUGCUUCCCUGUCAUUUAUGAGGAAAAGUGUCCUCACAACAUUAUGAUGCCAGUAACGUGUUUCACCAUGAAGAUAUCAGUUUUUUUAUUGGCAUGUUGCUUCACAUCCAGAGUACAUUCAAGUUUGUGCUUGUGAAAUGACCCAAACAUAAAAUCACUGAAAAAGGCUGUCUUUUAACCAGGUUCUAAAAAAAAUAUUAGUCUACUUCAAGUGUGUGAUUAUUUAUGCCUUUACAGAUUACUAUAUUGGCAAUUUCUAAACCUGCCAUUCAGUACUGAAAACAACAUGAAAUAACUUCAUGAGAAUUGUACAUUAAUUACAAUUUUGUUUGUGUGUGUGUUAUUCUGAUAUAAUUUUUUAUUGAAUUGUGUGUAGUUCUAGUUUUUAUACGAAGAUGUCUGGUCGUCCUUUGUCAAGCGUUCGUCACGCUGUGUAAUUCUCCUGGGAUGGAACAACAGCGCCAUCUGGUGUUAUUACGUGACUCUGAGAUGAAACAGUCAGUCUGGAAGUCUGCUUUCAGAAAACAAAGAAGAAGCAUAAAUUGCAAGGCCACAGCAGAUCUUUGAAGGAUUUAAUGGAACUGCACCGGUGUCAGUCAAGAGUUAAGGCCUUUUAUAGACAAAGAAGUUGCCAGAAGGAAACUAUGCAUGAAAGACAUGACCCUGUUGUGUUUGCAGAGUUUUUGUUAGUUUUUGUCACUUUGAAACUUCAGAUAUGAAGUGCUGCUAAACUGUACAGUGGAAAAAAAAAUGUGAUGAAAGAAAAUUUGACUUACAUAAAAUAGCUUGCUUUUCCCAACAAGAUGGUGUACAUUCUUUUAAAGUCUGUGGGACCAAAAGUAGAAAAAACAUUUAGCCUUCCAUGUAAAUUAUUGUAAUCUACAUUGUUAUUUUACCUACCUGUUAUUUCAUUUAAUUUAUUUUUAAUUAUUAAUAAAUAAACAGUGAUUUUAAAAAAA